UGUGUGUGUGUGGUUGGUGGAGGUGGGGGUGAAGAAUGCUUGGUAUGUGCGGACGACUACAACAUGAAAGGCGGCGAGUGUUCAUCCCGAUUGAUUGUGUGCGUAAAAACCAAACCCCGACCCAUCCGUGCGUCUUUAUAAAUCAAACCCCGAUCCCUAACAGCCUUCAACCCUCUUUGUGACUCAAACAGAAGCAGCAUCGCGGGUUUUCAGGCUGUGGCCACGCAGUUUAUUUGAUGUGAACCUCCCUGCAGGGCGGAGAUGGUUUGGUCUGUAGUAGGUGGGACUGUGGAGCGGUCUGCAGCAGGACGUCGUAGAUCAAUGAACCGGACCGGAGGGUUGGUCCAUCGCUCGGUGUGCAUCUGACUGUAUAGAUGUGUCAGUAUACCUAUGCAGGACCCGAGGCUUUGAUACUGUAACCAACAGCCCUGUGCAGUAUGCGGAUGUGUUAAAGGCUCAGACUCUCACAGCUCGGAUCGCGUCUCUUUAAACUGGAUCAUCGCUGCGACUCAUCUGCAGGAGGAAACCACAGAUCUGUAACCUCCAGGAUGAUCUUUGCAAACACAGGCAACCCGCUGAAGACAGCCAGCCGUAAACAGUCGUACCCCAUGACUCCGUCCAGUCCCAGCAGCAGCAGCAACAGCAGCAGCACAGGCCUGGAGCAGCUCAGCAAAACCAACCUGUACAUCCGCGGCCUGCCUCCCGCUACUACAGACCUGGACCUGGUCAAGCUCUGUCACCAGUAUGGCAAGAUUCAAUCAGCAAAGGCAAUCCUGGACAAGACGACCAACAAGUGUAAAGGUUACGGCUUCGUGGACUUUGACAGCCCGGCAGCUGCUUUGAAGGCAGUGCAUGCUCUGAAAACCAGCGGCAUACAGGCCCAGAUGGCCAAGCAACAGGAGCAGGACCCUACAAACCUGUACAUCUCCAACCUGCCGCUCUCUGUGGACGAGAAGGAGCUGGAGAACAUGCUGCAGCCCUUCGGCCAGGUCGUCUCCACGCGGAUUCUCAGAGACUACAGCGGGAACAGCCGAGGAGUGGGCUUCGCCAGGAUGGACACAACGGAGCAGUGCAAUGCCGUCAUCUCUCACUUCAAUGGCAAGUUUAUCAAGAUAGCGUCUGGAACUCUGGCUCCGUCUCAGCCUCUGCUGUGUAAGUUUGCAGACAGUCAGAGGAAGAAACACGCUCACAGCGGCUACGUUCCCAACGGACAGACGGGAGACCUCAGACUAGGUGCGAUGACUCUGACCUAUGACCCCUCCUCAGCUGCUAUACAGAACGGGUACUACCCCUCUCCGUAUCCAGUGACCAACAGGAUCAUGACUGUGCAGCCGACCAUGUCUCCCUACAUGUCUCCAGUCUCUGCUUACCAGGUACAGAGUCAUUCUUGGGUGGCACAUCAACCGUACAUCAUGCAGCACCCGGCUGCUGUGAUGUCUCCCUCUGUGGAUCCCUCCAUGUCACUGCACCCCUCAGCCAUGAUUACUCAGCAGAUGGGUCAGCUGUCUCUUGGAAACAGUGGAGCGUAUAUCUCAGCUAACCCCGGAGUCCAGGGAGCUUACAUGCCUCAGUAUCCUGCCAUGCAAGCAGCAGCUGAAAACGGCACACCGCAGCAAGUGGACUCCUCCAACAACUCGUCUCCUUACAGUCAGCUCAGCAAGUAAUCACAGACUUUUUCCCGCUCUGUGAGCCAGAGGGCAGGUGGGAAGUCUCUGAUGACAUCACCUGGAUGACGUCACCGCCGUCUCUGAUUGGACCAGAUGAACUUUUUUUGCACAGCCCUGACGUUUGUGGUGGAAAAUGAGGACAGUGUAAACGGACUCGAGCAGUUGGCUAAUCACAGAAAACAAAAGAAACAGCAGAUUUAUUUUGAUAAGAAACCACACGCUUUUUCUUUUUCUCUCUUUUUUCAAGGAUUCCCAAACAAAUGCCCGAGGACCCCCCCCUACCUCUACCUUCACCUCCACACACACCCCACCCCCACCGCCCCAGUAUGAUGUGAUAUUAAAAUGCAUGAGAUUGAGGACACCCCCCCCUCCCCCACCCCUACAGUUUCUUUAGAGCUCCUUUAUUUGUGAUGUAUGAAAACCUUGCAAAACCUUGUUUGCACUGAAGUUUUAAAAUAGCUUCAAUUUGGUUUUUGAAGUUGCCCCACGACGGCUUAAAAAACGAUUCAUGUUUAACUCCACUCGACAGACGACACACGAGACCAUUUCAUUAGGAUUUAAUGAAUUUAUCAACGGAAAAAGGUGCCUUCCUUACGUCCCAUCAAACAUUCUCCAACAUGUGUUCAUUGAACUUGAUCAGGUGUCAUAUUUCUAUCUGAUUGAUCAAACGUGUGAAUGACAUGGUGAGACCUCCAUCACGUGUUUGGCUAUUUAAGUCUUCUGUUAGCAAUAAAGACAAUGAGAGUCCCACGGCAAUACUGAAAAAAAAAAGAAAGGUGACAAACUCAAAGCAAGGUAACUCCUUAACUUCACUCUUUCCUUUUUUUAAAACUUCCAAGUGUGACGUUGGAAAAAAAGAGCCGUACUUUUAUGAAAACAAGUUUUACACCUAAUGGACAUCUUUUAGGAGUUUUUUUUCUCUUGUGGUCGGUUUGACCAGUGAUCUACCUCAUGGUUCUGCUGCAGUCUGCUGGUGUUUGUUGUGGGGUUUGCAGGUAAAGCCCCUCUUCCUCACCUCAGUGGACGAAGCAGAACAAAAAGAAGCCACGCUCAGGAGCUGGCUGGAUAGGACUUCUGCCGUUUGUCUCCCACUCGCAGCGUUUCUCUUUCUGAUCUGCACAGAAACAUUGUACUCUGCUUUACCUUUAUUUGUCAUUGCUUCUGUUCUGGUGUUUCUUUUCCUCCACAUGAUGAGUGUUGUUCAGUUGUUAGGCUCCAUUUAGAGGUUCAGAUUUUUAGCUUCUCCUUGAAAUAGUUGGUUGAUGAUGUGUUUGAAGCAGGUGAAUGCAGGCUACAUGUGUUUAUCCGGUGCAUUCUUCUGGACAGAUGGGAGAUGACUCAACACUUUUCCUUUUCCCCUCAGACUGAAAGUCACUGUCGGGUUACUUCUGUAAGCUCUCCAAACAUCAUGCAAGGGUUUGGUUGUACGGUGGCUUCACGUUGGGAUGAAACAAACUACGUCUUCAAUCUAAAGUCAUGCAAUAUUAAUGCAACAAUCACGAAUGGAGUACUUCACACUCUGUAGUAUUUCAUAAGAGAUGGAUGGAAGUAGAAGUCGUAUGACUGACGGCGUGUAGUUCAAAGGUCGGCUUUUCAGAAUAAGGUUUGUAAAUUAUAAAACUUCAGGGCCAAAAGUGGAAGAAAAAAAAGUGAGUUUUAUUGUUUGAUUUUCAAUUUUGUCAUUAAUUUGAUGAUUUCAUAUGUAAAGACAGAAAAAGGUCAGCGCUGUACGGUUAGGGUUUACUCCCGAUCAAUAGUACUGUGGCAGUAAACGCUCAUGAGGGGAAGAAGACGAGCUGUACCUCCUGCUCGUACGUCCCACUCGGAACGUUUUCUGCUUGAAAAACCUGUAAAAUAACAAAAAAAAAGCAAAAAUCUUGUACAUGUUCUCCUCAUUGCUCUCCCUUCACCUUCAACUUGAUUCUGAAACAAUCUUCUCCUCGCUCUCUCCUUUGAAAACAUUGGAAUUAAAACAGUGAUGAAUAAAAGGCUCUUCUCUUUCUCA